CCAGAACGACUGGAUCACGCCCUGAGCCGAAGGCAGACACUUAACGACUGAGCCACCCAGGGACGGCACGAUGGAUUUGGGAGAGUCCUGAAGCCAAAGGCUAAUAUUAAAGCAAGGCUUGGAUUCUGAGAACGUGGCGUCACAAAGGGGGAGUGCCAGCAGCUCAGGAGCUAUUUCCAUGACAGGAGUCAGCCGACCCCAAUUCCAGAUGUGGCACCUAACCCACGCGUGGUCAGUUGAGAGUUGUGGAAUUUAGAGGAGGAGCAGGCAGAAAACUGGGCGAAGUGGUUUUCCCUGGACAGAUUCCUUAAGUGACUGACAGCAACCAAAAUGGCAGGGGCCAACAACAGCUUCUCGGAGGACUUCAUUCUGAUGGGUGUAUCUGACCAUCCCCAGCUGGAGAUAAUCUUUUUCAUAGUCAUUCUUUUCGCUUACUUGCUGACCUUGGUUGGGAACUCAACCAUUAUCCUGCUUUCCUGCCUGGAUGCCCGGCUCCACACCCCCAUGUACUUCUUCCUCAGCAACCUCUCCUCCCUGGACCUUGCUUUUACUACUAGCUCAGUCCCCCAAAUGCUGAUCAACUUAUGGGGACCAGAUAAGACCAUAAGCUAUGGCGGCUGUGUGACCCAGCUCUAUGUUUUCCUCUGGCUAGGGGCCACUGAGUGCAUCCUGCUUGUGGUGAUGGCGUUUGACCGCUAUGUGGCAGUUUGCCGGCCCCUGCAGUACACCACCAUCAUGAACCCUCGGCUCUGCUGGCUGCUGGCUGCCAUUGCAUGGUUGGGUGGCUUGAGCAAUUCUGUGAUCCAGUCAACGUUCACUCUGCAGCUCCCAUUAUGUGGGCACCGGAGGGUGGACAACUUCCUGUGUGAGGUGCCUGCCAUGAUCAAACUGGCCUGUGGAGACACGAGUCUCAAUGAGGCUGUGCUCAACGGUGUCUGCACCUUCUUCACUGCUGUCCCACUAAGCAUCAUCCUGAUCUCCUACUGCUACAUAGCUCAAGCAGUGCUGGAGAUCCGCUCAGCUGAGGGACAGAGAAAGGCCUUUAAUACGUGCCUCUCCCAUCUGGUGGUGGUAUUCCUCUUCUAUGGCUCAGCUAUCUAUGGGUAUCUCCUUCCUGCUAAGACCAGCAACCAGGACCAGGGCAAAUUCAUUUCCCUCUUCUACUCUGUGGUCACACCAAUGGUGAACCCUCUCAUCUACACUCUAAGAAACAAGGAGGUAAAGGGGGCACUAUGGAGGCUGCUGGGAAAGGGAAGAGAACUUGGCUGA